AUGCAUUUAUUGGUACUUAGUCUUGUGUGCACAGUUGUUUAUGGCGUAAGCCGUAUUUCAAUGCCAAAUCUUAAAGCUGUUAGCUUCGCUAAAACGAUAUCAGGACGAAACCUGAACGGAAGUCUGAUCAGGGAAGUAGAAGUGGAUUCGGAGAAGACCUGUCAGUUUGAGUGUGUGGGUGAAGAGCGAUGUCUAUCCUACAACUUUGGAACUACAAAAAGCAACUCUAAGAUGUUCAAAUGUCAGUUGAGCGAUUCUGAUCGAUUUGUUGGCGUUGCCAACUUCACUGAGGAUAAAGAUUAUAGUUACGGCGGUGUACAGGUGGACUGAUCUAAUCAUUUUCGUAAAUUCCUCAGUUUAGGUUAUAUUUAAGCAUUUUGCAAACCAGCUAGACGUGUCAACAUCUGUGUGUUUGUGGAGAAAUCUGCCGAUGGCACGAUAGCUGACAGUUAGGAAUCUCACAUAAGCAUUUUAGUGGGAAUUGAAACUCCUAAUGGAGGGCCGAAGUGACACAGCUUGAUCUUGAAAAACUAAUGUAAAACUUAUAAUCAUGUGAGAUUGGUAAUUGAAGAACAGUGAAAAGUCAGCUCAAAAAUUGCCCAUAGACCGAGAUGCUUCAUUAACAGAAUCGAAAUUACUUGGCAAAUAUGAAAAAUAUCGAGUUAACCCAAAACUUGUGCAAAACACAAACACAGCCUCAGUUGCUGGUGACGCUUCAUUAAAAAUUAAUGUUUACAAAGGUAAAACAGUUCACCGAACUUCUAAGUUCAAACGUAGAGUCUUUCCCCAAUCUCUUCGCGUUCAAAGUUGUCACUCCAUCUCACUCUUCACUAGCUCUCUUAAUGGCCCGGGCGUUUGCCAUGUCGUUUUGCACGGUUGCAAUUUAAGUAACAGUUUUUGCUUUAUUACUAAGAGACUUGAUUAACAGAGGGGAAAUUUGUAGGUGCUCCCUCACUUUUUUAUCGGUGAAACGUUGUUCAUCCAGUCGGAAGGUAACGAUGAUUCGGCGUCUCCGAAAAACUAAAUUCUCGGUCAUCUAAGCGUGCUUUAAUUGGCCCGAAGCAAUGAUUGGCACAACUGAAUUUCGUUAAAGUCCUUUUUAUUUCCUAUGAUCUCAUUUGGUAAUUUGCGUGGGUGAUCCAGGUCAUAGUAAUGGCAGUAUUAUGGCCAGAAUUGCAACAACUUGCAGAUUUCAGUAAAUUGAAUCAAUGAAAAGUUGGAUCAAUGUCAGUAUCUGAGAAAAUGACGCACCUACUCCUCCCCUAAACUAACAACAGUCAACUGAUAACAAUUCAGGGUUAAUGUUGAGUUAAGGGGUGGGUAGCAGGUGCUCGUUUGCUUUGAUAAUGACAUUGACCCAAAAGAUUUUCCACAGAGUUCUUGUGAGGAGGACAGUUUCCAAUGUGGUCUCAAAGGAGUCUGCAUUCCCAACUAUCAAGAUGGCAGCGUACAGUGCAAGUGUGACCGUAACUACACAGGAAAACCCUGUAGUAAGUUUGAAAAUUCAUAUAAUUAUUUAAAAUGGUGUGAGAAAGAGGUCGAAUGGAGCUAAUUUUGCUACUGAGAAUAAGUUCCAAUCAUUUCUCUCUCUUGUUUUCUAUAGACCCAAAAAGCUGCAGCCAGCUUUUCCGAGAUGGUUUUCGAUCCAGUGGCGUGUACAUCAUCAAUCCAGAUGGCGGCAAACCAUUCCAAGUGUUGUGCGACAUGACCACGGACGGUGGAGGCUGGACUGUUUUUCAGAGACGUUUGGACGGCUCUGUUGAUUUUUAUCUUGAAUGGAAAUCCUACCAAAACGGCUUUGGAAAUCUGAACGGCGAGUUCUGGCUUGGAAACGACAAUCUUCACCGUUUAACAGCCGUCGGUAACGCCAUGUUGAGAGUUGACUUGGAAGAUUUUGAAGGAAACAUCACAUUUGCAGAGUACACCACUUUUAAGGUGGCAGACGAAGCAGACAAGUACAGGCUUUUGAUUGGAGGAUACAGUGGCACAGUGGGAGACUCCCUGCGGUGGCACAAGUAAGAAUGAUCGUCUUCAUCUUCCCCUUCUGUUCGUUUGGGUGUCUAUUGGGUGCUCUGUCUGUCUGUCUGUCUGUCUGUUAGUAUCUCCCUCUAGAUAUAUCUUUGUCGGUUUGUCCUUUUUGCAGUACAUUUUUCUUGCCUGUCUACUUGUCUAUCUGAAUUUUUUUUUGUAUGGUUUCUACAAUCCCACUAAGGGACCCGUCACUCUUUAUCCCCUGGAAGGGGGAGGGAGGGUAGUUGUAUCACGAUAAAAUUUACCUAAUUUCCACGAUAAGGCUCCGCAAUGUUCAUAUGAGCCCCCCCUUCCCCUCAUUGGCAGUUAUUUGGAAGUCAAUCUUCUAUAAGGUCCCCCCUUAAUACUCUGAUGGUGACGUCUGAUCCCCCCUCAGUUCCUGCUAGAAACUAUGUGAUCCUCCCCCCAAAAAAAACCCUUCUACCUCCCACCCAGGGGAUAGAUAAUGACUGCCUCCUAAGUUGCAUAAUGUUCUUCGGAAGACAGUUUCCUGAAUAAAUAUGAAACACGCUAAGAUGAGUUUUUAUAUUAUUUCAGCAAUUCGCAGUUUUCAACGAAAGAUCAUGACAAUGAUUACUGCAGUUGCAGCUGCAGCGAAAUCUACAAGGGAGCCUGGUGGUACGUCGCCUGUCAUGCGUCUAAUCUGAACGGAUUGUACCUUGGGGGUCCACAUAAGUCUUAUGCAGAUGGUGUGGAAUGGCACGGUUUCAGAGGCCACUACUACUCUCUGAAACGCACUGAGAUGAAAUUGAAAAUCAAAAAAUGAACUGUGCUCGAGAGUAACCGAGAAGAAAAGCAUUUGAACUUAGAUCCACCGUAAAUGUUAUACAGUGGUGGAGCAGGGGGAGGGGGGGAACGUUAGUCGAACGCGACCCCCCUCCCCUUCCACCCAUGCACUGAACUUACAGAGUAAAUGUACUUAACGUGAUAUGCAGUAGCCCAAAAUCGUUUUUCUCCCAUUUUUAAUAGUUUUAUCUAAAGUAGUAUUCCAUUAUAACAUGUAGUAGACGUAACCACGAGCUCAUUUCUAUUCAGAGUUUAUAGUCAAUAAUAUCUUAACACUGAAUUUUAAUUUUCCUGAUUUCAUAUGAGGUUGCGGCUCAGUUAACAGCCGGAUGGUGCAAUGGUACGGUAAGAGCCUUCGCUUCCCACAACUCCUCCUGAAUUUAAUUCCCGAACCUAACAUUACGUUUGGAUUGAUUUAGUUGUUUUUUCUUUAUGGUUUUUUAUCGUCCUCACUGCCAAAGGUUCUUCGGCACUACAUUCUGCGCAGAAACAAAAUUCCCGAUACCAAUUUGACCGGAACAGUGACUGAAAAAGAUAUAUUCCUCUAAAAACGACUUAUUUAUUGUUAAUUAAUAUCAUAUACGCAUUUAACCACUUUUUCCAUUUUUUUUCUCAGUAUGUGCAUGUUAUAAGGUCGAAAAUGCUGAUAACUGAUCUGUCAAAAAAGUCUUCUGUCUGUAAAAACAAUAGACUGGCAACCAUCAAAUGUUUUUUCAAUGGUUCAUUUUUUGCUCCGGCAAGAUGCUGCUUUUGUAUUCAUACAUUAAUAUUUAGAUACAGAUUAAGCUAAUGUCAUUUUAAGGAACCAUUACUUUAAAAACACAUUUUGCUAAGAAGGUGUAAUAAAUAUGAUGAUUUUUUUUCUUUCUAUAAGCAUCAUGCACGAAUGAAAUUAAAAUUUUUUGUUGUUGCAG